GUGUGUGUGUGUGUGUGUUUUCCGUUUGGAGGCAGCAUGUGCUGUGACGUCUCUGUCAGUGUUUCUUUUUGUCUCAUUCUUUGACUUCAUCACAUUUUAGUCUGAAGAGAGGAGAAAAGAAAUCCACCUCAUUUACUGUUCCUUAGGAGGCGUAACUCUGCGUGUGUGUGUGUGUGUGUGUGUGUGUGUGUGUGUGUGUGUGUGUGUGUGUGUGUGUGUGAACCUGAUAUAUCAGCAAUGCUGUGGUUCUUCUUCUGAACUGAACUGGACUGGAACACAGCGCUUGAGCUGCAGCUGGACAAGACGAGUGUGAGAUGGAUGCAAUGAAGGCGACGUCUCGUCCUGAUGCUCUCACUCAGAUGAACACGUCUCUGAAUGUGACACAGAAUCUGAUGUGUGUGGACAUUAAGGACAGCCCAGUUAACGAUUUGCUAAUAGGCAUCUACAUCACUGCGCUGGUGCUGGGUUUGGUGUUCAACCUGCUCACGGCGUGGCCCAUCAUCCAGCAGAUCCGCAAGAAGAACGUGCUGGGCGUCUACCUGCUCAGUCUCUGCAUCUCAGACGUUCUCUACAUCCUCACCAUGCCGCUGUGGAUCAUUUACUACUACAACGACCACCGCUGGACGCUCGGCCUCGACCUGUGCAAGCUGGCUGGGUUUGUUUAUUACUCCAACAUGUACAUCAGCAUCUACCUGCUGUGCUGCAUCUCUAUCGACCGCUGCCUGGCUGUCACCUUUCCUCUGAAGACCAAGACAUUCCACCGCUUCAGGUACGCCUGGCUCAUCUCAGGGCUGAUCUACAUCUUCACUGCCAGCCUGCACGUCCUGGUCAUCUUAAUGGACAAGGUGACGGACCCUCUAGAUGAAUACGAGCGCUGUUACGAGACAUUUCCCAUGACUGAGCGUGUGGCUCUGUUUAACCUCCUGCGUGUGGUCAUCGGCUUCCUGCUGCCACUGCUGGUGUUAGCUGUGUGCUACUUUCAGAUCUUCAGGAAGGUGAAGGAAAGCGUGGGACUUGACAAUCAGGGCAAGCGUAAGGUCAAACUGCUGUCUGUGGGAGUCAUCGCCAUCUUCUCUGUCUGCUACGCUCCCUAUCACAUCCAGCUGCUCAUUCGCUCCAUCGCUUUCAACUGCUUUCAUUUUAAUGAUUACUGUGAAUUUGAACAAGCGCAGCACUUUUACUUCUCAGGGACACUGGCCAUGUCCAGCCUGAACAGCGUGGUGGAUCCUCUGCUCUACGUCUUAGUGAGUAACGGCAUGAGGGAAAGCGUACGCUUCUGCUGUAGGACCAAAUCCUGCAGCUGCACAUAAAACUGACACAAAACACAGACUGGAGCUUCAGCACUGAGAAUUAAAGUCAGAAUGAAACAAAACAUGAAAAUUCUCCUGAAAUGUGAAAGGACACAAAAGGAAACCUGAGAAAGUCGACCGUGUUUUAUUAAAGCAGAGACCAGGGUCUCAUUUAUAAAACUGUGCGUAGGAUCCAUACUAAAAAAUACCGUAAUAUAUUCCGAUUUAUAAAACCGUGCGUACGCACACCUGUAAGCGAUGUUCCCACAGAUGUGUGUACCUGAACCAGCCUCAUAUCCCGCCCAGUACACGCCCAUCUUUACACGCCCAUUUUAACAUGCCCAUUACACACUCCACAACUGUGCGGGCACGAGAGUGGACCUCGUUAUAAUGAGUUUCCUCUGCACUCUGUGUUUAAAAAUGGGGUGAGGAGUCCGUCUCAGGGGGUAACCACUGGGGUAGCCACUGGGGUAGUCACUGUAGCAUGCAGGUUAUAAUUAUAUUAAAAACAACAUUGUUACACAUGCUUUCUGUUAACAUAAGCAAAUUCAUUUUCAGAUGGUGCCCUUAUAGCAACAUGAGCGCAGUCAAUUGUGCUGAUUACAUUUGG